UCGCGGUAUCUUGCGGACGGACGCACCUAAUCUUGGCCGUCAGUAAACUUUCCUCCACCCUCACUGGCGGCUUCAAGGGCCGGUCGAGGGAAGAUCUCGAUCGCCGCAGCUGGACAGGAGCUUAGCUCUGGAACUGACGUGCUACGCGCUUCAAUUCUUUUCACCGGGAUCUGCGUGUGGACUGGAUAGUUAAUAUUCGUUUUAGCAUGGAGGGGAAAGACGUGACGAUUCGACCGAUGCGCGAGGAAGACAAGGAAGGUGUGACGGAGUUGCGCAGAAGUUACGGUCAGCAACUGGGCAUCGGGGCACUGGACGCGCUGGCGAAGUACGACCCGGACAGCAUCUACGUCGCUGUUACCGAAGAUGGCCAAGUGCAAGGCAGCUGCGCCGUCGCGGACCUGCACCCGGACCUGGCGUACGUGAUGAUGCACGCCGUUCGCGCCGAGCGCCAGAAGUCGGGGCUCGCCACGCGACUCUGGCAGGAGGCCGUCGUUCGGCGUCUCGGAGCCGCCAGGAACGCGUUCCUCAUCUGCGGAGGAUUUCACGUGGCCAUGUACUACCGUCGCUACGGCUUCGAAGUCGUGUCGGCGGAGCGCGUCCACUACAUCCGGCCGGGACCGGCCGACAUCUCCUCGCUGACCCAGAGCGUGACGGGCGUGCAAGUGUCGGCUGUGCAGGUGCAAGACGACGCCGAUACGGUGUCCUCCAUCGCCGACUACGACGCCACCGUGUUUGGCUUCAGGAGGGAACGCUUCAUAUCCCUUAUGCUGGCCGAAAAAGGGAAUGCCGUCGUGGUGGCCCGACGAGGCGACCAGAACCGGUCUGUGGUGGGCUACGGAGUGGUCAGCACGGACAUCAGCGGCCGUGCCCUCCUGAGAAUCGUGUACGCUGACGAAGAGGCCAUCGCCGAGUGCAUCGUGCACCGCCUGCUCGAGGCGUUCGGCCCCUUCCACAAGAAGGGUCUCACGGGACUGCUGCUGGCAGGCGCCGGGGAAGGGCGUGGCAUCGACCACAAGAUGGCGCUGGAGACGGUGCCCUACGUGAACAUCCUCUACCGGCUGCACGAGCCGUCCACGUGCGACUACGGGAAGCAGUUCGUGGUGCCAGUGUAGGACGGUGCAAUCUUGCGGAUGAUCGAUCGAUCGGCUAGUUGAAUGAUCAGAUUUGAUUUUAUUCUAUUUCUUUGAUUUAUUUGUUUAAGUCGAUUUGUUUGAUUUGACCGAAAGUUUUAAUUAUUUUUAUAUAUUCUUGCGGUCGACUUUCUCAAAACGUUUGAACCUCAUUGAAACCAGCCCGGUGGCUUAGUGGCCACGCGUUUUUGUACUGCUGUACACAGGGUCGCAGGUUCGACUACUGGCUACGGCCACCGCGGUCCUGUAUAAGCGCAGAAUGCCAUAUUACUGAGGUACUCAAAUUUAGGAGCACGUGAAAGGACACCGCGUAUAUAAAAUUAAUCCAGAGUCCUUCACUAUGAUUUUUCACAUAGCUCAUGUCAACCAUUUUACCCGUUUGAGACGUUACCUCAAACAAUCACUGAGUCGGCAUUCAAUGAACCAAUUACUCAAUCGAUCAGUCACCGUCACGUGAGCAGACAAAUAUUGUUUGAAAUGAGGCAGAACUUAUAGAAAACACUAUAAGCAUCUAGUCUCCAACGCGCCCGAAUCGAUCAUAAGCGUGCUCGAAUCGUUGAGGCGCUUGCUGUAGAGAAGGCAAAAAAAAUGCGUAUUUAAACACAGCAAGCAAAUGAAGGGCACGCUGAAGCACGCAAAAAAGAAAAGAACAAUAAAGCAGCUGUCAGUAAUCAAAUGCCAUGUGUUACUUUCUUGACGUAAGUGACUCACGCACGAGGUUAGAAAGAAAAAGCAAGGACACAACCAAUUCAAGCUUAAUUGGUGCGUUGCUAUCUUAGAGCACUGUAGCACUUUACCACUACCGUAUUAGUUAUUACCAUUACUGUAAACCGACACGCAGACGGAGAUAGAAUAGAUCUGAUGGCUACGGCUUGUGGCACAAGCGUCGACCAGAAGUGUGCGGAUUGUUUGCUGCAGCGAGCGAUUGUCGUCUCCUUAGCUGCUAGUGCAAAAACGUCAUUACCGACGUAAUCUUCACUAAGAUAUUCUUGGUUCCUCGUUUUUCUUUCGUUUUAACACAAAGCUUUUACAAUGCAAUAAAGUUGUACG